CUUCAGCUGCAGAUUGAGAAUCAAGAGGUGCUAAAGGAGUUUAUGGCUUUAGAACAUGUGAAGCCAAUAGAUGACUGCAGAACUGGCAAAGCACCAGAAAACCAGAAUAAAAACAGAUACCGAGAUAUCCUUCCAUAUGAUAAGACACGAGUUCCUCUGGGAGAAAAGAAUGGCUACAUUAAUGCAAGCUACAUUAGAAUGAAUGUUGGAGAAGAGGAACACUUUUAUAUUAUAACCCAAGGGCCUCUUCCAUCCACUAUGGCUGAUUUCUGGCAAAUGGUCUGGGAGAGUGAAUCAGAUGUGAUUGCCAUGAUGACAAAAGAAGUGGAGCUAGGGCAAGUCAAAUGCCAUCGAUACUGGCCUGAAUCUCCCUAUAACUCUAAAGAACUGGCUAAUUUCUAUCUCAGGCUACACAAUUACCAGACUCUGGAAUACUUCAUAAUUAGAAAAAUAGAAAUUAUCAACAAGCAGUUCAACAUCAAGCAGAUAGUGAGAGAUUUGCGAGAUCAGCGUUUUGGAAUGAUCCAAACUAAGGAUGAGUAUUUAUUCUGUUAUGAAGUUGUGCUGGAAGUCCUUCAGAUCCUGAGAGCAAUGGAUUCCUACUGA